AUGAGCAGUAGCAAUUCCCAAGCUUUCCGAGAAAUACGGCAGUUAUGUGUUGCUGUCUCGAAGUUUGCAUUUGUUGAGAAUAAGGAUUUUGUAGAGGCAAAUUCUGGUUUAAUUGAUGCGUUGAGGGCGCUAAAUAGCAAGUUGAAUGAGUUUGAAUAUACAGAUUUGUCUCCUAAGUUCGCUGACUAUGUUUUCGUUCCCAUUGCGAGCCUGUUGAAACAGUUGACGUUGGGGAUCUUGGAGACUGAAUAUGUACUAUCGAUUAUUACACACCUUUUGCGCCUGUGUUGGUUUGAAACUAGUACAUUUCCAAAGGACUUAGCAAAGCAAUUGUUUCCUGUCCUCACAUUUUUGAUCGGCAAGGACACAAAGAACGAAGCUUUGCAAAAUAUGUCUGAUCACUAUAGAUCCAUAAGUUUGAAAACCUUGCAUCAGUUCUUCAAUUCAUUGAAAAAUCAAAGAGAUUAUUGUAAUACCUUUUUUACUAUAGAAAAUAAAGAGAUACUACCGAGUCUGGGGCAUUCGAUUACAAUUAUAUUGGAUAUUUUAAAACUAUCAGAGAAUAAUCCUGAGAGUCAGCUCAUCGCGUUAGAUUCUUUGAACAUUCUGUUCAAGGACAUAAUUGCUGAUGGUGAGGUCCUUUCCUUUGUUCUACCUGGUAAUCUAUCUGUUUUUGCAAGUAUAUUAGCGAAACCUGGAAUGACGAUUAACUAUAACAUAAUAAUAUCCACGCUAAAAGUAAUGAGAUUACUGUUGGUACUUGUUUAUGAUGACUAUUCAUUAAAAGUAGAAAAAUAUGAAACAGGUUCGUUGGAAAAAAUAACAGAGCUAAUAGAUGAUGACCUCUCCAUAUCACCUGAGGAACUCUUUGAGAAUCAGUCCAUUGUUAUUAAUGAAGACAAAUUAAAGGAAAGAAAAGUCCAUAGAACAACAAACUGGCUUCAUGCUACUUCAUCUCAAGUCAAACGUUUUUUAAACUCAUUUUUACCCAAACUAGUAAAAAGAAAAAACGAAUCUAUAAACAAGGAACUUGACUUUUUUGCAUCUGACUUAUUACUUAACUGUAGAUUAUCUCUCUCAGUAUGUGCAUCUGAACUAAUUUCGGUAUUGCUAGAUAUUAGAUCGAGUAAUCUGUUGACACUUGGUAUAGAUAUGACUCUGUUAACGAAGAUUGUUGAAGAAAAGAUUUCAAAAAUAACAGAAAUUGUUAAGUUUGAAAAGUUACAAGAGCUAAAAAGUCUGGAGUAUGGUUUACUGGUUUUAGAUCAAACCGAAGAUGUAACUUACUUAAUAUCAAGAGCAAUUGACGCACUUAUCGAUGUUUUAGAUGAUAACGAAAUUCAGUAUAGGAUGAGGAGAGAAGACAUUAAAAUAGUAGAAAAGAAUAAUAUCAUUAGUCUCAAUAAUAUGACUUUCAAUAAUCUAGUCAGUACAGAAACUACAUUGCUCCCCAGUCUUUCUAAGGAAGUUGAAUUCAAUCUUUCUGCCAUUUUAACUGGGUUUGGUUCAAUGUUGAGUAAGAAUAAUUCAUUAAUAGAAGAGGUGGAAAGAAUAUUUGAUACCUCAAAUAAUAGAGGCACUUUAGCAUUAUGGGUAGCUACUAAUUUAUCUUCAAAUAUGGAAAAUUGUGAUACUAAUUCAGACCUUAACCUCUUCCUUGAUUUUAAAGAUUCAAAUGAAAAGGUUGGGUCUUCUGAAGCUAAGUUUACAAUUCUGGAACAAUCUUAUGAAUUGAAUAGAAAAAUUGCUAUGGAAAUUGAAAACAAUGGCCUCAAUAAAAAAACUGAAAAUGAUAUGUGCAUUAUAUUAAACUCGAUAACUGUCGUAAGUAACUCGAUGAAAGGUGAUUUUGAAAGUGAACUUAUUGAUUAUUUAUAUAUAGUAAUCGAUUCAUUGGCAUCAUCUUCUUCGUUGGUGAGGGAACGUGCACAAAUAUGUGCCACUGUUUUAGCAGAUAAUUUAUAUGGUGGUUCAGUAACAGAUUUGAUUGUAACCAAUGUUGAUUAUUUAGUUGAAUCGAUAUCUUCAAGAUUGAAUUUAGGUAUGACACAGAGAGUCAGUACCAUUCUUAUGGUAAUAUGUAAUCUUUCUGGUUAUAAAAUCAUUACAAAUUUUACUGAUGUGAUUGAGACAAUAUUCAAACUGUUAGAAUAUUAUCACGGAUAUUCUGAUUUAUGUUUACAGUUUUUUCAAUUAUUUGAGGUAAUCACACUAGAAAUGAAAAAGGAGUAUCUGAAUUCGAAUUUAGAAAAUCAUAAAUUGAGCAAUGAACAUUUGGUUACUGGCGCUUAUGCUCCUUGGGGAAUCUCAUCUGUUCAGCAAAUACUAUAUGUUUUAGAUAAGGAUACGGAUCCACUUAAGGAAGAAGAAUUCGAUGGAUUAGAUGAACCUAAAAAUUUCCAAGAAUAUUUUGACUCAAAGUUAAGAGAAGCGGACAGCGAUGAUGAAUUGUCAGAGGGGGAAGAAAAUAUUGAAGAGGAAUUGAAAGAUGGAGGUAAAAAUGAAAAUCCUGAGGAUGAUGCUGAAAAAUGGAUUUCUCCAAUUCCUCGUGAUUCUUAUAGAAUCUUACUGAAAAUUAUUGGUUAUUCAGACAGAUUACUGACACAUCCCUCAAAACCAUUAAAAAUCCAGGUAUUGUCAGUAAUUAAACUGAUUGUUCCGAUGCUAGAUACCCAGCAUGACUCCCUGCUUCCCCAAGUUGCCAAAAUAUGGGACGUGCUUAUAGCCUGUGUCCUCGAUUCAGAUUUUUCCAUUACCCAAGCUGCAUGUGAAUGUGUUAAAGUCAUAAUAACUCAUUCAAAAGAUUUUAUUACCAAACGUUUUAUUGAACUAUGGACUACGUUAAAAGAUAAGUCGACGCUGUUACGGAGCCUUUAUUUGAGCAGAAUUCAAGGAUCAGAUUCCAGCACAAAGUUAAACGAACAUCCAUCUAUUGAAGUAGUUCUCCAUCAAAAAUUCCCUCCUGUCACAAGACGUGCAUUAAUUAGUUUGUCGGAAAUGCUGAUAGAAGGUAUAUGCAUUACAGAAAUGGUCCUUUUGGACUCAACUUUAAUAGAAAUGGUAUAUUGCUGCAUACAGGUGAUUCCAAAAGAAUCCAUCUCAAGUAGAUCUCUGGUAUUGGGCGACGCAGUCUGGACAAUAGUAAACAAGUACUAA